GUAGAGUCUGUAGUACAAUAUGGGGCAUACAAGAAGCUAAAACAAUCUGCAAAAUCCUUGGGUACCCUCCCCAAUAUACCAGCACCAGAGUUCUCCACUUUGAAACGUCACUGACACAGGAUAUGUUUAUGCAAGGGUUACGAUGUAAAGAUAUGUUUGAUGGAGGAACCCACUGCCAGUUGGUUUAUUCAUGUUAUAGCUGGAAGCGGCAACACCCGGCUGUAUACUGCCACAAAGACACAAUAGAAUUCAAGUUCCACCUUGAAGAUUCAUGGCGUGGCCGUCUACUUACAAACACUAAGGACGAAAUAAGCUGGAUUCCAGUAUGUGCCCAUAGAUGGAGCUAUAAUAACUCAAGAGUCAUGUGUCGAUCGAUGGGUUAUAAAGAUUCAACAAAUAUCCUGUCAAAACUGGUCGAACCAAGAUUUGGAUCUGUUAUCAUGGAGACAAAGGUUGAAUGUAAUGGGACAGAAAGUCAUCUCAAAGAAUGCAAACAUUAUACCUUGGAAAGGAAGGCAGCAGUGUAUAGAAACGGGAACAGGUACCCUUGUUCAAUAAUACUUUUAUCAUGUGA